UGUGCUUAUGUCACUGUAAGUUAAUCGUCUCUCUAACUUUCUCAACUCGCUUGUCCAGUUCGUAUGAUUUUCUCUUCUCUUCUCGCUCUUCUUACUAAACCUCUCUGUGCAAAGUUUUUGCAUCGGCAUUGUCCUGUCCACUUGUGUGCGUUUCAAAAAAUUGUUAUUAAAAUUGCGUUUCCUUGCUCUACUCACCAUCACCGUUGUAGGCUUUCAUCAUGAGCGCCAUUGUCAUGAUCGAAAUUAUCAGCGACCAUUCGUAUACGAGUCAAGCGAUGUUGGUUUGCGGCACUCUAACGGGUUAUUUGAUUAUCUGCUGCACUUUGCUACUCGGGCAUCUACUCGGCGCUGUUAUUGAUAAGCGUAUCGACUGUCUCUUCAGUAUCGGCGCAAUCAUAAUGUUUAUCGCUUCCGGCGUCAUAGUGCUAGAUCGUUGGACCAAUGAGUUGCUACAGUCACAGGAUCUUAAUGCGUUAAAGGGUGCUGGCGCAUUUAUUUUAAUAACUGCAUUCAUAUUUUUUGCCGAUACUUUUGUUAUUGUACACAGUUAAAUAUGUAAUAAUUUAUAGAUAGUUAGAUCCUUACUAAGUUCUUAUAAUAAAUUUUGAUAAAGUCACCAAAUGUUUGUGCGGAAAAUGUGCCAAAGUUGUGUUAAGUGUUUAUAAAGUGUAUUAAUAUAGUAUGUAAAUUAUAAUAAGCAAAAUAAAAAUGAAAUUACAAGAAUAUCAUAAUAAUUUCAAUAAAUUAAAAUGCAAAAAUCCAUCAAGUCAUCAAGCCUUCGUUCGAUAAGCUUUGUAAAUAAAUAUUAAUCAAUGUUCUUGCCGAAUUGU